AUGCCGAGUAUAGAAAUCAACACACAGUGCAUUGAGCCUUCACAAGUUGAGGGCCUUCCUCCGUUCAUUAGGCUCCCAGAAGGCCUAGUAAUGAUAGAACUUCAAGGUACCAUCAACAAACCGACAAAAGUACCAGCACACUACGAUGAGGACAAGGAGGAUUUCAUAAAGACAAAGCUGGGCCAUGAUGCGGUAAAGAUUGGCAAGCUAAGAUACGAUUUCAAUGACCCUAGUGCAAAAAAAGUCGAGUUAUUGAUCGGUACAAGCCAGAAGCUCAUUGGUCUGAUCAAGAAAUUGGACAAACCUAUGGGGAUCCUCCAGUUCCCUAAGAUGGAUAAUCAUUCCAAUAUAAGUGAUCGGCAGUACUUGAAAACCCAACAGGUUCAGGUAGUCGAGAUCAUCAGGCACAAGCUUGUGUUCACUAAUCGACCAGUGCCGUUAAUGGAUGAUUGA